UGCUACUUUACAUGGGGUAGUUUCGUUCCCAAACUGUUUGUGGACUGAACUGAGCAGGGGCGGUGAUUGGAGCUGAGCACGCACUUAUCACGGGAGCGCUAUCGUAAUCCCUAGUGGACACAUUUAUACCCGGUGAGCUCCUCUAGGCGCGCGGGGCGGCAUCGGGGCGUGGGCGCUCCCCCCAUCUCUGCGAGUGCCCCACCGCUCGCACAUGGCCCGGCGGUAGGCGCGCGGUGCGGCCUGGGAGAGUCGGAAGCGCGGCGAGCCCGGGCGAGGCGGCACCGGAGGGCCAUGCAAGACGCGGAGAACGUGGCGGCGCCCGAGGCGUCCGAGCAGCGGGCCGAGCCCGGACAGCAAGAGCCGACCGCAGAGGCGCCUCCGAGGGAGGAGCCAGCGCGGCCGGCCGCACUGGAGGGUGCGGGCGGCGAGGACCCGGAGGCCGGGCCGGGGCCUGAUGUGCCGGCCGAGCCUUUGGCCGACGGGGAGCAAAAGACGGACGCGACCCCCGGCGCCUCCCCGCCGCCUUCCGAGGAGCCCCCAACCCUGGCCGCAGGCGAGACGGGGCAGGCGCGGGACGCGGCGGCCGAGGCCAGCUCCGAGGGGGCGGGUGGGGAGCCCGGCGGCGCGGCGGAGGACGGUGGCGCGGACGAGCCCUCCUUCAGCGACCCCGAGGACUUCGUGGACGACGUGAGCGAGGAAGAGUUACUGGGAGACGUCCUCAAAGACCGGCCGCAGGAAGCAGACGGGAUUGAUUCGGUCGUUGUGGUGGACAACGUCCCGCAGGUGGGACCCGACCGUCUGGAGAAACUCAAGAACGUCAUCCAUAAGAUCUUUUCCAAGUUUGGGAAAAUCACCAAUGACUUUUAUCCGGAGGAGGACGGAAGGACCAAAGGGUACAUUUUCCUAGAAUAUGCGGCUCCUGCCCACGCUUUGGAUGCCGUGAAAAAUGCCGACGGGUACAAGCUCGACAAGCAGCAUACAUUCAGAGUCAACCUCUUCACAGAUUUUGACAAAUACAUGACCAUCAGCGACGAGUGGGACAUUCCGGAGAAGCAGCCUUUCAAAGACCUGGGGAACUUACGUUACUGGCUCGAGGAGGCGGAGUGCCGAGACCAGUACAGCGUGAUUUUUGAGAGUGGAGACCGCACGUCCAUCUUCUGGAACGACGUCAAGGACCCCGUGUCCAUCGAGGAGAGAGCGCGGUGGACAGAGACCUACGUGCGUUGGUCCCCUAAGGGCACCUACCUGGCGACCUUUCAUCAGCGAGGCAUUGCUCUCUGGGGAGGAGAGAAAUUCAAACAGAUCCAGAGAUUCAGCCACCAAGGGGUCCAGCUCAUCGACUUCUCGCCUUGUGAAAGGUACCUGGUGACCUUCAGCCCCCUGAUGGACACUCAGGACGACCCUCAGGCCAUCAUCAUCUGGGACAUCCUUACCGGGCAGAAGAAGAGAGGGUUUCACUGCGAGAGCUCAGCACACUGGCCGAUCUUUAAGUGGAGCCACGAUGGUAAAUUCUUCGCCAGAAUGACACUCGACACGCUCAGUAUCUACGAGACGCCCUCCAUGGGUCUUCUGGACAAGAAGAGCUUGAAGAUCUCUGGCAUAAAAGACUUCUCGUGGUCCCCCGGGGGCAACAUCAUCGCCUUCUGGGUGCCUGAAGACAAGGACAUCCCGGCCCGGGUGACCCUGAUGCAGCUUCCCAGCAGGCAGGAGAUCCGCGUGCGGAACCUCUUCAACGUGGUGGACUGCAAGCUGCACUGGCAGAAGAACGGCGAUUACCUGUGCGUCAAAGUCGACAGGACGCCCAAAGGCACCCAGGGUGUUGUCACAAAUUUUGAAAUUUUCCGAAUGCGGGAAAAACAGGUGCCUGUGGAUGUGGUCGAAAUGAAAGAAACCAUCAUAGCCUUUGCCUGGGAGCCGAACGGGAGUAAGUUUGCCGUGCUGCACGGGGAGGCUCCUCGGAUAUCCGUGUCCUUCUACCACGUGAAGAGCAACGGCAAGAUUGAGCUCAUCAAGAUGUUCGAUAAGCAGCAGGCCAACACCAUCUUCUGGAGCCCGCAGGGACAGUUCGUCGUGCUGGCUGGUCUGAGGAGCAUGAACGGCGCCUUGGCGUUCGUCGACACUUCAGACUGUACGGUCAUGAAUAUCGCAGAGCACUACAUGGCCUCCGACGUGGAGUGGGACCCUACGGGGCGUUACGUCGUCACCUCCGUGUCCUGGUGGAGCCACAAGGUGGACAACGCCUACUGGCUGUGGACCUUCCAGGGCCGCCUCCUGCAGAAGAACAGCAAGGACCGCUUCUGCCAGCUGCUGUGGCGGCCUCGGCCCCCCACGCUCCUGAGCCAGGAUCAGAUCAAGCAAAUUAAAAAGGAUCUGAAGAAAUACUCCAAGAUCUUUGAACAGAAGGAUCGUCUGAGCCAAUCCAAAGCCUCAAAGGAGUUAGUGGAGAGAAGAAGAACCAUGAUGGAAGAUUUCCGAAAAUACCGGAAAAAGGCUCAGGAACUCUACAUGGAGCAGAAAAACGAACGUCUAGAAUUGCGAGGAGGUGUGGACACGGACGAGCUGGACAGCAAUGUGGACGACUGGGAGGAGGAGACCAUAGAGUUUUUCGUCACAGAAGAAAUUAUUCCUCUUGGCAAUCAGGAGUGACCCGCGAGCACUGUGUGUCACCGCGUCUUGUGCUGGAACCACGGUCACCCGUCUGCGGACAGCCUGCACGUUCCCGGAUCCUCACCUGUGCUUCUCUCGCUCUGGACCGCGGCCGCGCCCGGACCGCGCCCCCGCCGCCCACGGCCGUGCCUUCCAGCCCCUGGCGUCCCGUUGGGUGUGUGAGGCACUGCUCUCAGUUUUCUCUCGUUCGGGUUUUCACUGCACCGCAGACUGUGUCCUCUUCCUGCGGGCAGCGCCGUCCACACUGUGCAGGUUCCCUCCAGGACGCCCUGGUGCGUGGCUGCUGCGGGGUGUCGCAGACGCCAGCAGGGACUCGGUGCAGCACUGUGGCCCCGCACACUUGGGGUGCCGGCGUGUCCCCCACCAUUCAGGUUGUGACAGGUUCUUUCAGCAGGGUGAACGUGGAAAUAAAAGCAAACCUGUAUGAAAAAGCUGUCUUUCUCCUCUUUGAAUGUAGAUCGCGGCCUUGAACUCGGGGCUUCUCCCCUCUGCCCCAGCAGCCGCUGCCGGGCACAUUAGGCCCGGUAUGCCCGCACAGGUGGCGAGGAGGGGACGUCGGCCCCCCUCAGGGCCCCCCGGUUUCCGCGGAGCUCUGGAAGGUAAUUCGUCUGUUUCCUGCACUUGGCAGUUCACCUGACGAGAAAGAACCUUUUAGCCUUAUAUACGUUGGUUUGAAGACUUACACUGACAGUUGUCGCUCUAGCCACCCACCUGUGCUCCUGCCUGAGUGCCUCACUGCCCCGAGUGGGCAUGGGCAGGCCUGCAUAGCUGCAGCCCGGCCCCCACGCUGUCCUGCUGCCCUCGGCGCCUUGGGAGAUAAACAGCAGCUGCUCCACCUCGCUCUCCGGGAACCUGAGGCCUGGCUGGAAGCAGUGACACGUCGAACGGGCGCACCUGGAAGUCACGGAUGUGACUGUGACCUGCACCACGCACAGACCUCGGGCGCCGUUCCCGGCUGGAGGCCGAGCUGCCACGUGGGGGGCAGAAGACGGCCACCCCCGCCCUGCAGCCCUGCCGGGCGAAAUGAAGCCCUCAGCCCAGAGGAUCCCCGGGGACCGCAGCCUGUCCUCGCCACGGCCGGCCGGGCCUCCCUCGCGGGCCAGGCGCUGCUUGCUCCCAGUUUCUCAGGAGCCUGGAAUGUUCACUGUGCCUCACAGCCCUGCCGUGUGGCGCCCGCACACGCCGUCCGAGUCCCAGAAACUCUUGUUCCUUCUCGUGUCCUUUAAACUUGAGUGUGCCAGGACCUAGGUUUUCUAAUUCCAGGGCAGCAAGAAGGAAAAGGCACACGGUUCUGUCACAUCAACAGAUUUUUAAAAGAGCUUUCACAACAGUAACUUCUCACUGUCUUGAGCUGGCUGGUUGUAACUUCACAGAGGGCGUAAAUAAAGGGAUUUCUGAAGCA